AUGGCUGAAAACGGGGAUAUCAACACCAUCCUCAGGAACUCGCUGUCGCCUGACAGCGCUACGCGAACUGCUGCCGAGCAACAGCUCUCUCAGGCCUCUGAGAACAACUUUCCCCUAUACCUAGCUACUCUCGUCCAGGCGCUAGCCGACGAGAGCGCCGAGGGCCAAAUUCGAGUUGCGGCAGGUCUCGCCCUCAAGAACGCCUUUAGCGCUCGCGAGUUCUCCAGACAACAGGAACUACAAGCAAAAUGGCUUCAGCAGACGGAUGCCGAAACCAAGACGCGCGUCAAGUCUCUGGCUUUGACAACCCUAUCCUCGACUAACUCACAAGCUGGCCAGGCUGCUGCCCAGGUCAUCGCCUCCGUUGCUACAAUCGAACUUCCCCGAAACGAGUGGCCCGAUCUUUUAGGCACUUUGGUCCAGAAUGUCAGCAGCGGAGCACCACACCAGAAGCAGGCAUCGCUGACCUGUAUCGGUUACGUCUGCGAAAGCCAGGAUCCCGAGCUGCGCUCUGCGCUUAUUAGCCACUCCAAUGCCAUUCUCACGGCCGUCGUCCAGGGCGCCCGCAAGGAGGAGACCAACAAUGAGGUCCGCUUGUCGGCCAUCUCUGCCCUCGGUGACUCGCUGGAGUUUGUUGGCAACAACUUCAAGCACGAGGGAGAGCGCAACUACAUUAUGCAGGUCGUCUGCGAGGCUACCCAAGCCGACGACUCGCGGAUACAGCAGGGCGCUUUUGGCUGUCUUAACAGGAUCAUGGGCCUCUACUACGAGAAUAUGCGUUUCUACAUGGAGAAGGCCCUCUUUGGUCUGACUAUUCUGGGAAUGAAGAAUGACGACGAGGAUGUUGCCAAGCUCGCCGUUGAGUUCUGGAGUACUGUUUGCGAGGAGGAAAUUAACAUCGAGGAAGACAACGCGCAGGUCGAGAGUUCGGAUCAGAUGCGACCUUUCUACAACUUUGCAAGAGUUGCGACCAACGAGGUCGUUCCGACACUGCUUCUCCUGUUGACCAAGCAGGAUGAGGAUGCGACGGAUGACGAGUACAACCUGUCUCGAGCCGCCUACCAGAGUCUUCAGCUGUAUGCUCAGGCUGUUGGUGCCAACAUCAUCCCCCCAGUCAUCCAGUUUGUCGAGGCAAACCUGCGUCACGACGAUUGGCACUUCCGCGAGGCUGCAGUCGCUGCCUUUGGUGCCAUCAUGGAGGGUCCCGAGGAGAAGGUUCUUGAGCCCAUUGUCAAGCAGGCUCUGCCUGUCCUCAUCACCAUGAUGGAGGACAGCAACACCAUGGUCAAGGAUUCCACUGCUUACGCUCUUGGUCGCAUUACUGAGGCCUGUUCCGAGGCUAUUGACCCCAAUACUCACCUUGAUCCUCUCAUCCGAGCCCUCUUUGCCGGUGUCAACGAUCCUAAGAUGGCAAGCUCUUGCUGCUGGGCUUUGAUGAACCUGGCCGAGCGUUUCUCUGGCGAUCUGGACGCUUCUGCAAACCCCAUCACUCCUCACUUUAACGCCAGCGUAUCCAACCUGCUCGAUGUAACAGCCAGACCCGAGGCCGAGACUACCGUGCGCACUACUGCCUACGAGGUCCUCAGUGCGUUCGUCCUGCAUGCCGCUACUGACAGCUUCCCGGCUAUUGCAUCUCUUUCCGAUGUCAUUAUCAAGCGUCUUGAGGAGACGAUCCCCCUGCAGAGCCAGGUUGUCAGCAUUGAGGACAAGAUCGCUCUGGAAGAGAUGAAGACUAGUUUGAACACUGUCUUGCAAUCCAUUAUCCAGCGUUUGGACAAGGAGAUUGCUCCCCAGGGCGAUCGCAUCAUGCAGGUCUCCCUCCAGAUCCUUAGCAACACAUCUGGCAAGUCGACUGUUCCGGAGGCUAUCUUUGCCACCAUCAGUGGCCUGGCCAACGCCAUGGAAGAGGACUUUGCCAAGUACAUGGAUGCUUUCACCCCUUUCCUGUACAAUGCUUUGGGCAAUGCCGACGAGCCCAGUCUGUGCGCGAUGGCUAUUGGCCUCGUGAGUGACAUUACCCGCUCCUUGAACGAGCGCAGCCAGCCUUACUGUGACAACUUCAUGAACUACCUACUCAACAACCUCCGAAGCCCCGCUCUGGGCAAUCAGUUCAAGCCAGCCAUCCUGCAAUGCUUUGGUGAUAUCGCCAACGCCAUUGGUGGUCAUUUCGAGACAUAUCUCUCUGUCGUCGCUCAGGUGCUGCAGCAGGCUGCAACUGUGACUGCCAGCCCUGACGGCAGCUAUGAGAUGUACGACUACGUCAUCUCUCUUAGAGAAGGUAUCAUGGACGCCUGGGGCGGCAUCAUUGGCGCCAUGAAGAUGAGCAACAAGACCCAAGCUCUUCAGCCUUAUGUGCAAUCCAUUUUCCAACUUCUCAACAUCAUCUCUCAGGACAUGAACCGUAGUGAGGCCCUGAUGCGAUCUGCUAUGGGUGUUAUUGGUGAUAUUGCCGACGCUUACCCCGGUGGUGAACUGGUCGAGGCUUUCCGUUCGGAUUGGUUGACUGCUAUGAUCAAGGAGACCAAGACCAACCGCGAAUUCCAGCCACGCACAAUUGAUACUGCUCGAUGGGCUCGGGAGCAGGUUAAGCGCCAGCUUGGUGGUCAGCAAGCCGUCAUGGCACAGCCUUGA